CGCACAGUCUCAAAAUGAGAUCGACAUCGAUUGCACUGCUCCUGGUGGUGGGCUUGUGGUUCAGUUCUAGCACGGUGCUGGGCAAGCGUUAUAUGCGCUGUGAGCUUGCCCGCAAGCUGCUCGAACAGCACAGCUUUGAGCGCAGCCUGCUCUCCAAUUUCUUUGUCUCCACCUCACCAGGGAUAUGCUUGCUGGAGCAUGAGAGCGAGUUGGAUACCGCGAAGAUGACAACGAAUCCCAAUGGAUCUCACAACUAUGGAUUAUUUCAGAUCAACACACGCUUUUGCCAGGAGAACAGACGAGGCGGUGUCUGUAACAUCAAAUGUGCAGAGCUGCUCGAUGUAAAUCUGCGAGAGGCGGCUUCCUGCGCCAAGUACAUACAAGCCACCGAAGGCUUUCGUCACUGGAAUGGUUGGCAACGCUACUGUCGCAACCCUCAAAACCUACCAAAUCUUAAGGUCAUAUGCGGCAUAUAGCGAAUCUUCCAUAAUAAUAUAUAAAUAGAUAGAUUUAUAAAUAUGAAUAUAUAAAUAAAUAAUACACACAUUGGACACUCACCAUAGGGUUUAUAGUCAUACAUCGAUCUAAGUUUAAGCACAUAUAUAUGCACAGAAUAAAUAUUUUUCAACUUGGA